AUGGAACGUGGGUUCAAGCAUCCAGAGAUGCGUCUUAAGAGCAUUGAUCUUUCUAGUAAUAACUUAACAGGUGAAAUACCACAAAAGAUUGGAUAUUUGGUUGGAUUAGUCUCUUUGAAUUUAUCAAGAAACAAUUUGAGCGGAGAAAUCCCAUCUGAAAUUGGAAAUUUAGUUUCACUUGAUUUCCUCGACUUAUCAAGAAACCAUUUCUUUGGUAAAAUUCCUUCCACUCUUUCCAGGAUCGAUCGGCUGGAAGUUUUAGACUUGUCAAACAACUCUCUCUCUGGAAGAAUCCCUUUUGGCAGACAAUUGCAAACCUUAGAUCCCUCCAGUUUUGAAGGAAAUCUUGAUCUUUGUGGUGAACCACUUGAAAAAAAAUGUCUUGAAGACGUGACACCAGUAAAUCCUCGAGGGUCAGAAAUUCAUGGUGAAGAUGACAAUUCAGUUUUUCAUGAAGGAUAUUACAUGUUCUUGGGAACAAGCUAUUUCACAGUUUACAGCAUCCUAAUAGCAAGCAUUGAGUUGCAGGAAUGGAAGGGAACAUAUUCUGUUGUAUUAGAGUAUAUAAUGACAAGCAAAAUCAUUGUUCCAUGA